ACCCACCGAGGUCGGGGUGUGGGGAACUAAAAUUUUCAUGUCUAGAACAAAGACGUCAUAUAGGGUUUCUCUCCACAAAAGCCUAAGGCGAGGGAUUUGGUGCGGGGAGAGUUGGCAUAGUGACGGGAUAUGAUAUGAUGAUAUGUUGGCUUUGUUGAUCGGCCCAAACUGCAACCAGUAUGAUACGCUCCCUUCCCUCCCCUUCUCUCUGACCUCAGCAGGUAAGGGCGGGGGGGUCAGUAGGGCAUAAAGGAUCGACGCAGCUAUCAUUCCAUACGAGUACUGUACAUGGCGGGGGAGCACACCUUACCGGUAUUCUCCACCUUGGGGUGAAAAGAGGAGGAGAGGGCUCGUUAUAUAUAUGGCUGCUCUUCGCCCGCUUUCCAGGAACCUGAUUACUUUCGGAGCAAACUCCCGAGUCUUACCUACUUCCACUUCGAUCUCCGGGAGAACACAUCUGUUCGAUUACGACUCACAAACCAGAAUGUCGAGCACUCAAGAAAAAAGGGCUGGAGCAACCCACUCCACCACAGACACCGGGGACAAAGCAGCAGACCCGUACAAAGCCAACUUGGACAAGGAUACGCCCAUCAGGGAGAAGGUCGAGGACCUGAUUGCGUUUGUGGAAGGCGUUAAGUUUGGCAUGAUGACUACCAGGCAAAGCCAGUCCGGGAUGCUGGUUAGCAGGUGUAUGUCAUUAGCAGCAAGGGCAAGCUUUAUUAACCCACUUUGAUUCCGAUAUGCAGAGAUUAAUGGGGACAUCAGGAAAACGGAAUUGACUUCUUGUUCCAUACGAAUACGGAAACGGGUAAGACCGACGAGUUGCAUUCUGACCCCCACGCCAAUUUGGGAUUCUUGAAGAAUUCAACGGUAUGCUUUCGAUAUCAGCUUUGCGGUGAACGGGGGUUGAUGAGUUAUAGGGCGAAUGGGCAUCGAUCAGUGGUAUUGCGACCGUCGAUAACGAUCAGGGGAAAGCUACACGGUAGGUCGAUUCUUCCAGAAGCUUUCGUCCGACGCUUUUUUUUCCCCCGAUGACGGGAACCACUCAGGUACUACACUCCCGCUCUCAAGGCAUGGAUUGGGGACCUUGGAGAUAAAAUCCACGACGGAGGUCCCGAGGAUCCCCGUUUGGCUGUGAUAAGAGUUCACGCCAAGACUGCGACUUACGCCCUUCAGAAGGGAACAGCACUCUCACGAGGACUCGAAAUUUCUAGGGGAGCGAUCACGGGAAAUACCGCUAACACGAAAAAGCUGAGAGAGCUGACCGAAGAGGAGCUACAGACCUUCAGGAACAGUCAGGAAUUGAUCAGUUAGUGGGCUUCUCCGGUGUUUAUUAUCAUUAUCAUCAUCAUUAUCCGUUUACAAGUAUGAUGUGGUUCGAUACAAAUUUAUGUGCUUUACCUAAGAAAUUGGUAGGGUUUAGGGUUUCUAGCCUUGCCUCAUGAUUGCGAAAUUGUAUGAAAGUGCUUG